GUUUCCCACCUGUCUCGGAUCCAGUUGGGAAGGGUCUGGGAUGCAUCAGUUUCCUAUGAUGACGAUCCGAAGUCCUUCAACUCUGCCAUGCUUUGGGCAAAGACACUGAUCAGUCCACAGAACCGCAGCUGCUUGGCCACGAUGGUUGGACCGCUCGCAUGGAAGAGGCUUGGGAGUUGGACGAAGCGUGUCGUGCUCCUCACUGGGAAGGUGGGAUCUGGCAGCGUGCUGCGAGCGCAGCUGCCGCUUUUAAAGUCAGCAGAUCUGGUGUUGUUGGUCACCUGGAAAGGUGAGCUGGUAGCUGACCAUUGGGCCGGAUUCACUUUGUUGGAGGUUGACACGGUCUCAGUAGACCCGAGGCUCAGUUCAUCGGAACCUCAGGAUACGCUGCUUCGUGCUGGCCUUGAGUUUGUGCAGGGUUUAGCACCGGUCGCCGCAGAUGUGCUUGUCAUCAAAAGUCGGCCAGAUGCUUUGCUUCCAGAGGAUGACAAGGCACAGCUGGAGACGUUUUUGGACCUGACCACCUGGAGCCUCUCGGAUGCCGAGCGAGGAAAGGCACGACAAUGCUUGGAACAGGCACGGCAAGCCGGGCAAGCCGGUGAAGGACAUCGACCUUGCAUGUGCUUUAUUCGCCAGGACAUUCUCACCGGCAAGUGGGCACACUUUCAGCUGGGCACUGGGAAUGAGAAGAAGCCUCGCCAAACCGAAAGCAAGAGCAAACAAGUCGCCAUGAGGCCAAUCCACGAGGAGCCAGAACAGUUGGAUGGCUGUCCCUUCUGUGCCUGCCACGUGCCUGAAGCUGCUGAUGUCUUGCGAUUUGAGAAGAUUCAGGGCGAGGCUGAGACGGGGGGCACCGAGACCAUAUUGUUGGCGAACUUCUGGAAGUACGACGCCUACGAAACCGUGACGACCGGGCAUCAGUUGAAAACCGACUGGUCCCGAGCCAACGGCAGACCGUGGCAAGUGCGGGUUGUGCGCAAUAUUUUUCCAAGCAUGAGCGUCCCCCGGGAGUACUACUUCGAUGGCUGCGAUGAUGGCUUCCUGGAUGAUCGAGGUGGCAACAUGAUCAACCCCCGAGUCGGGCACCCUUUGUAUUUGCAGGUGCCUGGUGUGGGCUUCAAUGAUGUCGUCAUCGAAACUCCGUUGCACAAUAUGUGUGCGGCACUUGAGCAGGAAGAGUGCAUUGGCCUUACCCUGCGAGCAAUUGUGAUCCGGGGCCGUGAGCUUCUAGCAAAUCCGCUGGUCGGGUACGUCACUGUGUUUAAGCAGCACAAAUGCGGAAGCAUUGUGCAUGCGCACUGGCAAAUCAUCACCACACCUUUUGUCCCCAGCUCGGUAGAUGUGCAGCUAAUUAGAGCAGCACGGCUACAGCAGCGCUUCGGACUAUGUGUUGGCUGCCAAGUGCUGGUUUCGGCACCAACGGGCAGCGACCUGGCCUCCGAGCGUUUGGUGUUGGAGACCGCGCACUUCGUGGUGUCAGCACCUUUCGCUUGUCGUGAGCGCUGGCGUCUUUACUUGGCUCCCAAAAGGCAUUCACCCGACUUUUUUCAAAUUUCCGUGAUGGAACUGGAGGAUUUGGCCCAUGUCCUCAAGAGAGUCCUCCAAAUGUACUAUUUCAAAUUGAAUGAUUGCCCCUUCAACAUUGCCGUGUGGACAAGACCCAGUGUUGAAACGCAUCGCGACAGCUGGUUUGGAAGCUUCAGGCCUGGCCAUCGAGCCGAAAGCAGCUAUAACUACUUCCAUUGGUACAUUGGCUUCUAUCCACGGGGCAAAGCUGUCCCGCAGGGCUUCAAGAAUGCCACAGCAGCUGGUUGCAUGAAGACCUCCCGGCCAUUUCUACGGCGCAUUUGGGUCCCAUGGAUUGAUGCCCCUUGGCACAACUUGUGGUCCUUGUGCAGUGUGAUCAGUGGAGUGAUGUGGAGUGGUGGAGACAUCGAGAGAGAUCCAUCGAGGGAGUGUGCUGACUGUGGAGUCCAGCCAGCUACGGUGGCCAUGGAAUGCGGUGCGCCCUGUCAAGAGCCGCUCGUUCCGGAAGCACCGCUGCUGAUCGGCUGCUGUUUUUAUUUCCAAUCCAAGGCACCAUGGGGCGAACUGCAGUCCACGUACAUCGAUGGCUUGUGGCAUCCUCAACCUAUUGGAGCCACCUUCAAGACCUGUGGGCUCAGAUAUGACCUGACGGAUAAGCUGGUGGAGCGGGUGCCGGUUGGCGCUCAACGCCAGGGGCGUGGCCACAGCUCAGCCAUCUUGGAGGCAGCGAGCUCGUCUUCACUCAGGCCCGAUGUGAAGGACCAUUUGGUGAAGCUUCUCAGCAUCUACUUCCAUUUGGUCGUGGGCAUCUUUCGAGUGGGCGGUGGUCCCUGCGAGCCAGGCGGUGGAGUUCAUCUGCUGUUGACGUCCAACACUUCGAUUGAGGCCGGAGUCGUGCAUCGACCGCGGCUGUUGGGUGGGAACCAGGCGCUUCGAUGCCCAAAUCUCACUGCCAGUGGUCUGGCACAGUGGAGGCGGCAGAGCCAUCCCCAGCCAGGACAAGGACUGCUGGAGGUGAGUCGGCAAAGUUUCACUUGGUACAGACCAGUCUUUGACCUUUCAUGGCAUCAGGCAGUUCUGGACGGUUUGACCUCCCCAGAUGGCCUGUCCGAGCUAUUGCCUCUACAAGCCCCACCUGUCCCGACCCACUUUGCGACAUUGGAAGGGUUGAAGGUGUCUCAACGAAACGGGCGCUUCCAAGAGGAGAUCCAAACGGCCUGGUGCUGGGAUUUGGGCCAGGGACCCAGCUCCUGGACGUCGUGCCUGGGAGGUCCAAGUGAUCUGCCGGCCGUGCAUGAGAAGUGCUGCUUCCCAACACAGGCCUUCUGCGCUCGUUGGGUGUCCAGUGGCGCUUUCUCCGACUUAGUGCGUCAAGCAGGUGAAGCGGUGCUGCAAGAGACGCGUGAAUUCCAAUUGCUGGAUUGGUGCGCACCCAGUGAGAUGUUGAGGGAUCGACGAGCUGAGCAGAUCUGCUCGGAUCAAAGCACUGAGAAGAUGCAGCUGAUUUGCAACAUGCGCGCCGCAUCCGGCGAUUUGUUGCCUUCCAUGGCACCUCGUGGUGAAGCCAUGCAUCGCCUGUGGAAGGAUGUGCCGCGUCACCGGACCAAAGGCAGAUCUGCUUGA